AUGGUACCGCACUUGGAUAUAGUGCGAUCACCAACCGAAUUACCAGUUCAACUAUCAUUCCUUGUCGACACCACACGUGUGGCUGUCUCUGAUCUCAGCACUGAUAAUCUUGGUAAUAAUGGUCAGUGGAAUGCGUCACAAGGUCGUCGUAUGACGAUGCGCAAAUUCUUCUAUAAUCGCGAGAAACUUCGAUGCGUUGAGGGUGAGCAUGACUUUGUGAUCACUCGUAAAACGUACGUGCAUCCGAACGCAAUUCCUGAUGGUUCGGUGCGUAAAAUUAUUUGGCAAUUAAGCAGUGAGCAUGGAUAUUCCAGAUAUGCGUUGGUGACCUAUGAUAUUGGACAGAACGCAAUGGUAGCCGCAUUACCGCAUGGCAACGCCAGAGUUAAACUUGAAGCAUAUCAACGCAAAGAGCCGAGUAUGCUUGCGGAACUGAAGAUUCGAAGGGAGGACGAGAGGAUGAAACGAGAAUAUGAUACUCGAAAACGUCCGAUAAUGGAUCCAGAAGCAGAGGAGCUGUUAGCAGUGCAGUCGGCAUCGAAACAAAUGAAACGUUCCAGUUCUGUGGGCCCGUCUUCGUCAAUCGCUUUGUACGAAGACGAGGGUUUAGAUGUGGAAGUUACUGGCGAUUACCCGGUGACACAUGAAGAAAUGGUCAGUUCGCAUUCAUUGCUGUCAUUACUCUUA